AAAAGGCAAGUUCCUACGAAGCUUCAUUGAUGAGUAGUGGGUGGUUGUGGUACCAACGUUGUCUCUUUUACUUACUUCACUACGCUUCUUUGCUUAUUGCUUCUCCACUCAUCUCUCUCUCUCAAUUGGCCUAGACAUGGCGGAACUUCUCGGUGGCGAAGUUGUAACAGAGCUCGUGAAGCAGCUCUUCGCUGUAUCUGACAAAGCCUUCAGGUGUAGAAGCAUCGCUAAAAGCCUCGCAACCAUGAUCCAAGACGUUCAACCAACCAUAACGGAGAUCCUCUACAGCGGCGUGGAGGUCAGUGAGCAUCGUCAGGUUCAGUUGCGUAUGUUCUCGGAGACUUUAGUCAAGUGCAAGAAGCUAACCGAUAAGGUUCUUAAAUGUCACCGUUGGAACAUGGUGAGACAGAUUUACCAUGUCAAGAAGAUGGAGGAUCUCCAGAAGAAGAUCUCCAGAUUCAUCCAGGGCUUGCCUCUUCAUAUUCUCGCUGACGUUCAUCACCUUCGUGCCGAUGCUGAGGUGCGUUUGGAUCGUAUUGAUAGGAAUUGCGAUAGCUUGCAUGAGAAGCUUGGUUCUAUGAAGAUCAGGGGAAGUGAAUCUAUGCGUGAGGUGUUUAAGAUGGCCGACGCUACGGUGGUGACUGAUGAUGAUGAUGGUGGUUUCCAAAAUUUGGGAGCAGGGUUGGAAUUGGGAAAGAGGAAGGUGAAGGAGUUGUUGUUUAGAUCUAGUGAUGAAGCACGACUUGUUGGCAUCUCAGGGAUGAGUGGUUCUGGGAAAACCACUCUUGCUAGAGAGAUUGAGCGGGACGAGGAGAUUCGAGGCCACUUUGGGAACAUGGUUUUGUUUCUGAUUGUAUCACAAUCUCCAAAUGUUGAGGAGCUGAGAUCGCUUAUUUGGGGAUUUUUGACUGGCUAUGAUGCUGGCUCUGGUGUUGCUCAUCCGGAAUCGACUGGUCAAACAAGGAAGUUAGUGAUCCUUGAUGAUGUUUGGACAAGGGAAUCUCUGGACCAGCUGAUGUUUAAUAUUCCUGGAACUUCAACUCUUGUGGUCUCAAGGUCUAAACUCGCGGGUACUAGAGCCACCUAUGAUGUAGAGUUACUAAAUAAAGAUGAAGCAUUGUCUCUGUUCUGUCUAUCUGCUUUCAACCAGAAAUCAGUCCCUCCAGGAUUCAGCAAAAGUUUGGUCCAGCAGGUUGUUGGGGAGUGUAAAGGUCUACCUUUGUCUCUGAAAGUUGUUGGUGCUUCAUUGAAAAACCAAUCUGAAAAAUAUUGGGAAGGUGCAGUGACGAGGUUAUCUAAGGGUGAACCUGCUGAUGAAACUCAUGAGAGUAGAGUGUUUGCUCAAAUAGAAGCAAGUCUAGAAAAUCUCGACCUUAAAACCAGAGACUGUUUCUUGGAACUCGGUGCUUUCCCUGAAGACAAGAAGAUCCCUCUUGAUGUUCUCAUAAACGUGUUGGUCGAGUUGCAUGAUCUCGAGGACACAAGUGCUUUUGCUGUUGUUGUUGAUUUAGCAAACAGGAAUCUUCUUACUCUCGUGAAAGAUCCAAGGUUUGGCGCUAUGUACACCAGCUACUAUGACAUAUUUGUCACGCAGCACGAUGUGCUAAGAGAUGUAGCACUUCGUCUAAGCAAUCGUGGGAUAGUGAAUAGACGAGAGCGGUUACUGAUGCCAAAAAGAGAGUCAGGGCUUCCCAGAGAAUGGGAGAGGAGCAAUGAUGAGCCCUACAAUGCCCGGGUAGUUUCCAUUCACACAGAAGAAAUGACUGAGAUGGAUUGGUUUGACAUGGAACUCCCUAAGGCUGAAGUGUUGAUAUUAAACUUUUCCUCUGAAAAGUAUGUAUUGCCUCCUUUCAUUGCUAGGAUGGGCAGGCUUAGGGCGCUCGUGAUUAUCAACAACGGUAUGUCUUCUGCGCGUCUACAUGACUUCUCCAUCUUUACCAAUAUGGCCAAUCUAAGGAGUCUUUGGCUUGAGAGGGUUCAUGUCCCUGAACUCUUUAGCAGUACGGUUCCCUUGAAAAACCUCCACAAGCUGUCUCUCAUCCUGUGCAAGCUCAACAAUAGUUUUGUUCAGACUCAAGUAGACAUUGCCCAAAUCUUCCCAAAACUGUCUGAUCUCACAAUAGAUCAUUGUGGUGAUCUUGUAGAACUACCUUCCACCAUCUGUGGAAUCACUUCACUCAACUCCAUCAGCAUAACAAAUUGUCCCCGCAUCAAGGAGUUGCCAAAGCACCUUAGUAAGCUAAAAGCCCUCCAACUUCUGAGGCUAUAUGCUUGCCCGGAGCUGAAAUCUCUGCCAGUAGAAAUCUGUGAGCUGCCAAGACUUAAGUACGUUGACAUCUCUCAAUGUGUCAGCCUAUAUUCUCUUCCGGAAGAGAUAGGGAAGGUAAGGACACUUGAGAAGAUUGACAUGAGAGACUGCAGCUUAUUGAGCAUACCGAGCUCUGCUGUUUCACUGAGUUCUCUACGCCAUGUUAUAUGCGAUAGCGAUGCUUUGUCGAUGUGGGAAGAGGUCGAGAAGGCGGUUCCAGGACUUCGUGUUGAAGCCGCUGAAAAGUCUUUCAGCCUGGAUUGGCUCGACGAGUAAGUUCUUUGAUUCUCUCUCUGAGCUUUUAGAAGCAUGCUGUAUUAUAAGAAUUAAUUGCUAAUCUGUAGCAAAUUUUGUAUAUAUUCCGUUAACGCACUCAAGAGUCUCGUUGCUAUCUUCUUUCCUCCUUUACCGUUUGUCUUAAAUUCUCCAUGUGCUCUUUCAGUGAAAGAUUGUAAUCUACAUUUGUAGUAAUACUUUCCAGGAAAUGGUCAUUUUGAUGAGAAACUCUUUUCCUUACAACCUA